AAUUAUCUCUCUAAUACGUUGCUAUUCGGGGGUGAAAGAAACAGGGGAAUUAAUGGUGGCGGAAGAAGAAUUAUCAAUCUGACAACACCAAAAAAUCAAGAAAGAGUAAAAUAUCAAUCAAUGUCAGCAGGCAAAAAGGAAGUCUGGUCCGAUACUACCCCACUCCUCCACCGCAAAAACUCACCUCCUCCGCCUUCCUACCAUUCUUCUUCUUCUUUCCCUUUCACCGUCGAUAUGUCUUCCUCUUCCUCUCCUCGCCGGACCGGCUCCAUCUUCCUCGGUGUCGACGUCGGAACCUCCAGCGCCCGCGCCGGAGUGUUUGACGACAAGGGGAAGCUCCUGGGGACGGCGAGCAGCCCGAUACAGAUUUGGAAAGAAGGAGAUAUCGUUGAGCAAUCGUCAACGGACAUAUGGCAUGCUGUGUGUGCGUCCGUGAAGUCGGCUUGUUCUCUUGCUAAUGUUGCUGGCCAUGAAGUGACCGGGAUUGGAUUUGCUGCUACUUGUUCCCUUGUUGCGGUCGAUUCUGAUGGUGCCCCAGUUACUGUUUCGUGGAGUGGGGAUUCGAGGAGGAAUGUGAUUGUUUGGAUGGACCACAGGGCUGUUAAGCAAGCUGAAAAGAUCAAUUCUUUCAACUCGCCCGUGUUGCAGUACUGUGGUGGAGCUGUGUCUCCUGAAAUGCAGCCACCGAAGUUACUAUGGGUGAAAGAAAAUUUGCCAGAGUCAUGGUCGAUGGUGUUCAGGUGGAUGGACUUGAGUGAUUGGUUGUCAUACAGAGCAACUGGAGAUGACACUAGGAGUCUGUGCACAACAGUCUGCAAAUGGACAUAUCUUGGUCAUGCACACAUGCAACAAAUGAAGGAGAAGAAUUCUCGGGACAUGGAAGCUUGUGGAUGGGAUGACGACUUUUGGGAAGAGAUUGGCUUGGGUGAUCUUUUGGAGGGUCAUCAUGCUAAGAUUGGACGCAGUGUUGCUCUGCCUGGCCAUUCUUUGGGUUCUGGUCUCACGCCUGCAGCUGCGAAGGCAAGAAUUUUGUACUGAAGAAUAGAACACUUCCUGAGGAAAUGGGUCUUAGAGCUGGAAUUCCAGUUGGAACUUCAUUGAUUGAUGCUCAUGCUGGAGGCGUAGGGAUCAUGGAAAGUGUUCCCCAGUCAGAUUCUGAGGCUAAAGAGUCUGGUAAGGAAGCUGUUACCAGCCGUAUGGCAUUAGUCUGUGGUACUUCUACCUGUCAUAUGGCCGUCACACGAAGCAAACUGUUCAUUCCAGGGGUGUGGGGACCAUUUUGGUCAGCUAUGCUGCCUGAGUAUUGGCUUACAGAAGGUGGGCAGAGUGCUACUGGAGCAUUAUUGGAUUACAUAAUUGAAAAUCAUAUGGCUUCUCCUCAUCUUGCAGAUCGAGCAGCAUCUCAAAAGACUUCGAUCUUUGCAUUGUUAAACAAUAUGUUACUGACAAUGAUGGAGGAACAGAAGUCUCCAUUUGUUGCUGCUUUGACUGAAAGCACACAUGUUCUCCCUGACUUCCAUGGAAAUAGAUCUCCUAUUGCAGACCCUAAAUCAAAGGGUAUAAUCUGUGGCUUGACUCUAGACACAAGUGAGAGACAGUUAGCUCUCUUGUACCUUGCCACUAUACAGGGAGUUGCUUAUGGUACAAGGCAUAUUGUGGAGCACUGUAAUGCUCAUGGCCACGAAAUCAACACUCUGCUUGCUUGUGGUGGCCUUUCUAAGAACCCACUUUAUAUCCAAGAACAUGCAGAUAUCAUGGGUUGUCCGGUUAUACUGCCUCGUGAAAGUGAGUCUGUACUCUUAGGAGCAGCAAUUCUUGGUGCAGUUGCUGCCAAGAAAUAUCCCACUGUUAUGGAAGCCAUGAAGGCACUGAACGUUGCUGGUCAGGUUGUUCGUCCAUCUCAAGACCCAAAGGUCAAGAAGUAUCAUGAUGCCAAGUACAGAGUCUUCCAGGAGCUUUAUGAGCAGCAACUAUCUCAACGUUCAGCCAUGGCUAAAGCCUUGGAGUAGGGUCGUAGCAUCUCCCAAAUCCACUCUUGCUGGUGUAGUGUUCAAGUCAUUUAGUUGUGGCUAAAAUUUUUCACUUUGCUUUUUAUACUCGAGGAGGUUCGUUCACAGCUAUUGUUUUUGAAAGAUUCUUUGUAAAGCUUCAAGCUUUUGGUUGACUCUCUCUGUACAAACUAUCGGUAUGGAAUUAAGUCAAAAUAUGGAACAAUCUCAAUUAG